AUGAUUAAAAUUUCUCCGUAUGUUCCAUACAUAUAUAAAUGUACAAAAGUAAAAAGUUUGAAUAACUUCUAUUACCAUAUAAAGAAAAAAGAUUAUAUUGAUUUAAUUAAUUUUUCCAAAGGACUGUAUCUUCUCUUGUGUAAUAAUUUCAUUAAAAAUGAUGACUUGUUAAUAACUUUUGCAAAAAAAAUAUUCAGAGACAUUUCCGAGAUAAGAUUCGUUGAAACGAACAAAAGAGAUCUAUGUCUUUUAAUGCUGUUGUACAUAAAGUGCAAAAAAGGAUGUAAAACAUUUGUUCUUGAACAAAGCACAAUUAAAUACAUAAGUUGUAUUGUUGAAGAAAACAUAGACAAUUUUGAUGAAGACGACCUUUCUACCGUUUUGAGUUUUUUAAAAUGCACAGUUAAUUGUAAAUUAUACUCAGGAGGAAAAAGUUUAGAAAAAAAUAAUGUAAAUGAAAAAAUAUUAAGACAGAUAAUUGAGCGAAGUACAAAUUAUUUGGACAAUUUUAAACAAACCAAAAAUCUAUGCAUCCUGUAUAGCUAUUUAUGUAGAGAGAAUAUAAGUGUUAAAUUACAUAAUAAAUUUCUUAAACGAAUUUUUAACGAUUUGGACAAAUGCGAAGAUACGGACGUAACAAAUAUUAUUUUUAAUUUCUAUUACAUAAAUAGUUUUUUUUUUAAGAAUUUUUUAAAUAAAAUAUGUGAAUUUUUUGCAAAUAAAGAGAAAAAACGAGAAAUAAGAAUUGAAAACUCCAAAAAAAAAAUAUUAUUAUGUUGUAAAUUAAAAGGGAAAAAUGCUGGUCAUGUAACUACGGAUAAAGCAUAUAAAGAAGACAAACUGGGGUAUGAACAGAAAAGCGAAAAAUAUGGGAAUACAGUAGUUUGCUACAGUGAGAAAGAGGAAUAUAACAAUAACAGUGAUACUUGUUUGAAUUCCUUUCUUAAUUGUAGCUCUUAUUUUUUGCAUAAUAAAAAUAGCUCUAAUUUGGAGGAGAACAAUAAAUGUUUCAGGAGCAUAAGCUAUGGUAAUUUAUUUAACAUUUACAACUGUAACGUGUACGUGUACAGCUUUAUUAACAAUUAUAAUUCAAUUUUUUUAAAUAGAAAAAUAGCUAAAUUAAGAGAUCGAUGUAAUUUCAUUGAUAAUAUUUGGAAAAAUUGCAGACUCGUGUAUACAUUUUACUCCAAUUUUCAACUCCAUAUGAGUAGAGAAGUAGAUUGUAACAUACGUGUAGACAGUAUUGAAAGCAUCAUAAAAAAUAAGGAUUCUAUUAACAUAAAUAAGAUGAAGUUAUAUAACUGUAAUUUUUUUUGCUCUGAUAAUAUAAAAGUGCUCAUAUAUAUAUACGCGAAUGGCAUAAAUUAUUACAGACACUAUUUUAAUCAGUGCAGAGAAUUUUUGAAUAAUUACAUAGUCUACAUGCUACAAGAAGAUGGCAAAAAGGGGGGGGGAAAAACGGCGGUAAAAAGAGAAAAAGUAAAAGAAGAAGAAGAACAAGAAGAAAAAGAAAAAGAAGAACAAGAAGAACAACAGCAAGAACAACAGCAGCAGCAGCAACAACAACAACAGCAGAAGCAACAACAGCAGCAGCAACAACAACAACAACAACAACAGCAGCAGCAACAACAACAACAGCAGCAACAACAACAACAGCAACAACAACAGCAGCAACAACAGCAGCAACAACAGCAACAACAACAGCAGCAACAAACGGAACUAAUAAAUAACGAACAUGUGUACAUCAUGCUGAACGUUUUAAACCAAAUGAACGUAAGAAAUAAAACAAUUUUUAACUUAAUUAAUGAUAAUUUUAAAAGAAACAAAAAAAAUUAUUCUUUGAAGACAACUAUACUGUUGUUACAGUACUCCUUUUGCUACAAAUGCAAUGAUACAUUUUAUCUUCGACUUUACAAACACAUAAACGAAAUAAUAAACGAACAGACAUUUUAUACGAACACUACUUUACCGAAUAAUUAUGGAAUACUAUUUUUUCCUCCUUUUCUUCUGAAUGAGGGAAUACAUAAAAUAUAUAUAAAAACAUUUUUAAAAUGUGUCAAAUGUUAUUGCAAAAAAAGUGUAAAUAUACAAACAUACAAAUUAAAUGAAGAGCUAUUAUUUUUUAGUUUAUGUUAUAACAUUUUACUGUAUAAGGAGAAUAAAAAGGUAUUUUUAAAAUAUUUUAAAUUAAAAGAUUUAAGAAUAAUUUAUGAACUUUUUCACAAAUUUGAAAAAAUAACAAAAAAAAAUUCAUUAGAUUUAAAUAACACAAAAACAAAAAAGUUAAAUGUUUGUUAUUUUUUUUUUUUUCUUCAAAAGAAUAAUAUUAAGAAAUUGGAAAAAUAUAUUGAAAUAGCCUUAGUCCAAAAAGAGAAUAUGUACAUAAAUUUUCUUAAUUUUUUUAAAAUACACACAAAUUAUUCCUAUGUGUAUAUAGACUAUGAUAACUAUUAUUAUAUUCCAUCUAUCGCCCCAUCCGUAAUAAUGCACACUUAA